AUGGAACUUGAAGCUAACAAUAGAGGAAGCAAAUUCUCUUCAUACGAAAGAGUAGCAGCCAUAAGCUUAGUAGUUCUUGCAGUGGCUUCACCUCUUUACAUAGAUCAUAGAUCAGAGAGUGAGUUGGAAGACGAUGAACAACCAAUUAGUGUUGCUUUUUGGUUGCCUAUGUUGCUUAUUGUUUCGGUUUUAGUCAUAGUUGUAUCAGCUUUUUGGAUAAGAGUUUCACAAGGUUUGAUCGUAUUGGAUUCAUAG